AUGGAAGACUUGAAAUCCAUCCUGUGGUCUAUAGAAGAGCUGAUUUACCUCAGUCCAGAAAAUGAUGCAUUUUACGAAAAAGAAGAGACUUAUAUAACGACAAAACUGACUGAUUUGUGUAGGAGCCAUGCAGAAGAAGCGCCAACAAAAGCGAGUGGAGUAGACUGCCAAGCAGAAGAGUUAACAUCUCAAGUUAGAAACUUCUUCCACUUUUUAAAGUUGAUUAAAGCAGCGAAUCAUAAGGAGUGCAUCGUUGACCCAUGGGUACGAGACAUAUUUCAGUUCAUUUUUGAUACGCUUAAAAAUGACAGCAUCAACAGUAUUAGCCAGGUGAAGAAGGAAUUAUUCUGUUAUAUUUCUCGCGAAAAGGUAGAUAUAGAGAAGAGAUGGCGCCCCAAGGAGGAGGAACAAAGUGAAGGUCUGAAUGGAAAUAAAGAUUUUUUUUUUCUGGUUUGCUUUACAUUCCUUCACGAAAUAAAGAUUCUCCUCUGCUGCUACGCAUUUUUGAAUAUGUUCGUGCAGUACAACUGGACGGGGCCUCCACCCCCCACGAGGGACAACGAAAAGGAAAAAGUGCAAACAUCACAGAUAUGCCAUGAAGACAAUCAUUUUUGCCAAUUUAUCCAAACGAUGAAAAUAAAAAAUGAAGAGUUUUUAAAUUCAUGUUUGGAAUUUUUAUCGCUUGAAGGAGAGAUCAUAUAUGCCCACUGUGAGUUGAUGAAUGCCUUCUGUUUAUCCGUAAUUUUGCUAGAUCUAGUAAACAAUUUUAAUCAAACCGAUCAGCCGAUUAUGUGCUCAAAUGAGUAUAGCUACUUCGAGGAGGGGACACCAAAAAGGGUGGGAGAAAAAUCUCAAGAUGAUAAUUCUUCCACGCCGCAGAUGACUUGUGUGUCUGAGAAGGAACAUCCAGUUGGGGGGAACCAAAAAGAAGAGAAAAAAAAACAGUACAAUGAGACGAAGCUUUUACACUUUGUUAGAAGCAAAUAUUUGUGGAAAGCCAGAAUCUGCUUCAUAUGGCAGAGACUGUUUGCUUCAUCUAGCAACGACUGGUUUUAUUCCUUGAAAAUCCACGUAGUGGACAUUCCACUUAGGAUAUUUAAAAAUGUGAAACUACUCACCAGCGAUUUUGAACUAAUUGAUCAAGAAAUAAAUGUCAUUGGACAAGUACCAGAAAUUUUUGCCCAUUUGAAAGAAAAUGAAAAGGACUUGCAAAAUUGCGACCUCUUUUGUGAAAAUUACAUGACGCAAAAUUUUCAGAUUUGUGUCUUAUCUAAUUUUUCCAUAUACUUGGCCUUCUACAAUUAUGCAUAUGCGUACCAGAAGGUACUGGACGUUCUUGCGGAGAUGAGUCAGUUUAGCUACUCCUUUACCGGAAGAAUGGGAAUAAAGAGAAAGUACCAGAAAAUACCUGCCACCAUUUUAGUGUUGAAGGCGAAAAGGGGACAGGAGGAGGACAACACUUCUGUAGUUUUGAAAGAAAUAGAGCCUCUCAGUGAGUACGACAUAUUGAGGAGUGACUACCGAAUUAUUGAUGAUGAGAAGGGAAGCGAAGCGCUUGGUGGAUGUAGAGAUACCGAGCGGGGGGAUCCCCAUAAGGAGGAAAGUGAAAAGAGGGAAGACGGUGCAGGUGAGGCAGCUUCAUCCAGUCUAGCCACUUCGCAAAAGGUGACUAUGGAAGAGUGCGAGGAGGGAAGCUCCUACGUUGGCGAAAAAAAAAUGGAUGAAAUAAGCCCAAAGGUAGAAAAAUUGGGAGAAGAACAUAUAGACAAAAUGACAUGUACAAAAAAGGAAGAACAAAAUGGGGAAGAGAUUGACCAAAAGGGACAGAAGUCGACGGAUCAUUAUGCCAGUCGUAUUGGGGAAGAAGAAUCCCCCGAAAGGUGCACCUCCGCGGGAGGCGAAACCCCCACCAACAUUGACACAGAUGAAUGCUCACCAAAUAGGGAAGAACAGGGUAAAAGAGACUCAAACGGAAAAGUUAUGUGGAAAUUAAAAGACCUCGACCCAGAUACAGAUAUAUUAGAAGAGCCAUACUUUAUGGAUUCACAAAAUAACUAUUUUAAAAUAUUAACAUUUGAUGAACAGAUAACCUUGAUCAAUUUCUGCUACUCCAUGAUUAGAUUCAAUCCACAUUACGACGAAAUAAAAUUCGAGAAGUUAAGUGCAGUUAUAGCUAGGUGCCUCAAAUGCUAUGAUGUAAAUGUGGAAUCGAAGAAGGAGCACCAAAAUAGGAUAAAAAAUAGAGACAACAAUUUGUUACAGAUAAAAUAUCAGAAUUGGCUACUGCACUCGUGUAUUCUAUGGUAUAAGUGCAAAUGUGAAACGUUUCGAUUGAAGACCGUAGAUAGGGCUGCCGCGCAGCUAAAUGAAUUACUGAAAGAGACAUACGAUAUGAAACCACACGGGGGAGAAAGGGUAAAAUUCCUUUUUGAUGUGUUCUAUCCAACCACUUGGGAAUUGAAAAAAGAAAUAGGAAAUGUUAUGGUGAAAACUGGAUCCGUAGUAUGUACAAUCCGUGUUGUGAAUAUUUAGAAAAGGCUCUAGAAAUAUCUCCCCUUUUUCCCGACAUCUGGUUUAUCCUAGGUUGCUCCUACAUGAAAAUAGAAAAAGUCGAUGAGUCUGUAAAAGCAUUCACACGUAUGGUUAGCAUGACGAAUGAAGAUUCUGCAAAGGCUUAUGGAAAUUUGGCCUACUUGUAUAUGAAAAAAGAAAUGUACAAAGCAGCAAAAAUUUGUAUAAAUCAAGCUGUCAAGGUUGACAAUAAUGAGUGGAAAUAUUGGGAUACAUAUCUUAAAUUGUCCAUUAUGCAAAAUGACGUCGAUAGUUUCUGCUUGGCAUUGAUCACUAUAUGUCAAAAGAAUCAAGUCAAACAGAUACAGCCUUGGAUUUAUGAAUACAUCUCUGAUCUUAUUGUACGUGACAAGCCAACCUUAAUUCCGAAUAAAAAUGGAUUGAGUUAUCUGGACAAAGUUGUUACAACCAUGGGCACCAUAUCGUCUUACAUCUCUGAGUGUGACACCUACUGGAACGCCUUUUCCUUUUUUCUCUUUAUAAAGGGCAGAUUCGUUGAAUCGUACGAGGCAAAAGUUAAGGAAAUACGCUCCUUAGAGAGUAUAGCACAAAAGUGCACCAACAAAGAUGUAGUUGACAGGUUGAUUUCCAAACAAGUAGCCGCCGUCAAAUUCUUGUAUCAUGUUAUCAAGGCGCAUUACGUCGAGGAGAAGAGAGGAACCUUUGAAUACCAGUUAAGGCACAUUAUCGAGUCCAUUUUGAGGCAGUACAAGGAGAUAAGUCAGCAGGAGAUAACUGAAUUGUCGCAAAUUAUGCAGAUUAUAAGAUGA